AUGGUUGAUUCGCUGGUCUCAUGUGCAUUAGAGAAAUUGAACAGAAUUCUUGGAGAUGAGGUAGCUUCGUUGGUCGGUGUUGCUGACGAGAUUGAAAGCCUUUCUAGUACGUUUACCUUGAUUCAAGUUGUGCUUGAAGAUGCUGAGUCACGGCGGGUGAAGGACAGAGCUGUGAAGAUCUGGUUAGAGAAGGUCAAAGAUAUUGCCUACGAUCUCGACGACAUACUAGAUGAAUGGCCGACGGAAGUUCUCAGAUCACAAGUACCUGAUGAAGGUGAUGGGUCCUGUUUCAGCAAGAAGGAGGGGAAAAGAUUCUUGCUUGUACUAGAUGACAUUUGGAGUGAAGAUAGUGAGAAGUGGGAUAAAUUGAAACUUCCCUUCCAAGUUGGUGCUUUUCGGAGUCGAAUCAUUAUAACCACUCGUAGUGAAAAGGUUGCAAUUGCAAUGGGAAGGGCUCACAUAUACAAACUGGCAGUCUUGUCUGAUGAUGAUUGCUGGUUAUCGUUCAGCUGUAGAGCGCUUGAGCAUCGGAGUGCAGAAGAGCGUUCUGAUUUGGAAGAGUUUGGAAGGGAUAUAGUAGCAUUAAGAAAUUGCAUCGAACAGUAG